AUGCCUCCCUGGCUACGGCAGAUGGCAUUAUUUAUCAGCAUUAAAAUAUCUUCAAGGAUGGCUCUGCCUAAUCCCAUGCCAAUGGGGCCAUGGAAGCUCACAGUUUACGAUCAAGAGAAUUUUCAAGGCAAGCGCAUGGAGUUCACCUCCGCCUGUCAGAACGUCAUGGAAUGUGGCAUGGACAAUAUCCGCUCCCUAAAGGUGGAGUGUGGCGCAUGGGUGGGCUUUGAACACUCCAGCUUCUGUGGUCAGCAGUUCAUUUUGGAAAGAGGAGACUACCCUCGCUGGGAGUCUUGGAGUGGCAGCAAUGCCUACCACAUCGAGAGGCUAAUGUCCUUCCGACCAGUCUGCUCUGCUAAUCACAAGGAGUCAAAGAUCAUCGUUUUUGAACGGGAAAACUUUAUCGGACACCAGUGGGAGAUGAAUGACGACUACCCCUCUCUCCAGGCCAUGGGUUGGCCCACCAACGAGAUUGGAUCGUUGCAGGUGCAAAGUGGGGCCUGGGUUUGUUACCAGUACCCCGGCUACCGUGGUUACCAGUACAUCAUGGAGUGUGACCACCAUGGCGGCGAGUACAAACACUACAGGGAAUGGGGCUCCCACGCUCAGACCUUCCAAGUUCAGUCUCUCCGCCGAGUUCAGCAGUGAGGGCGGGCCGCCUGCCUUCCUUCCUCCCUUCCCCAAUUCCUCCUCCUCCUCUUCUUCCACCUCUUCAUCACCUCCACCCCUUCAUUCUGAUACCGUCAUGCUCAGCUAGACCUGAACAUCUGGUGAAUUCAGCAAACGUUUACAGGGCUUUCUUCAUGCCAUCGAUCGAAAGAAAAGUGUGUCAGGAAGUACUCAGACGGGUGGCACAGUGAGGUGACUCAAGCUUUGCUCCUCAUCGCUGUCAUGAUGCAGU